AUGUGUCCAAGUGUCCUCCCACAAUCCCCAGCUCCCAGGAGGAGGAGCCCCUCAACCUGUCCAAUCAGGAGAGGACUGAGAGAGAAGUCCCACCUAGAGAGGCCAACGGCAAGAUCCCAGACUGCAGGUUGCUGUGGGACUAUGUGUACCAGCUGUUGUCAGAUCAGCGCUACCAGCUCUUCAUCCGCUGGGAGGACCAGGAGAGCCUGGUGUUCAGGGUGGUCGACCCCAACGGACUAGCUCGACUCUGGGGGAACCACAAGAACCGAGCCAACAUGACGUAUGAGAAGAUGUCUCGUGCUCUGAGACACUACUACAAACUCAACAUCAUCAAGAAAGAACCCGGACAGAAACUACUCUUCAGGUUUCUGAAGACCCCUCAGGAGAUCAAGCAGCACCGAGCGGACCGCCUCGACUCAGCAGAUUCCCCUGAACACUCACCCUCACACUCACCCUCACACUCACCCUCACACUCACCCUCACACUCACCCUCACACUCACCCCGGCUGGACUUCAGUGAGGAUGGUUUGGAGGUGUCCCCUGAAUACAACUCUCCAAGCUCUAACCCCCUAAGCAUGACGGUAUGAACAUGGGUACUCCUGUGUUGAGGUAUUGGCUCUAUUGCACUGUGAAAUGGCUAUGUUUUUGAGCAGUAAUCUACAACCCACUAUCGUACUGUGGAAACUUUAUGGAGCUGCUGCGUCGCUAAUGACUAGCGUCCCCAAAACAAAACACUAUUCAUCAGGAAAGAGCAGAGCUGUCUGAUCACAACCUUUUACUCAUCUGUAGCUUCAUGAAUUACAGCAUCACUUUAAAACUAUACACACAAAUACUACAACUAACAGUUCUGAUUCCAGUUCCUCUGAUGCCCUGGGAUUUCAGGUCUUCCCGGGUCUGACGUGCGACUUGUCAAAUGCGCUCGGUAAAUAGAAUUAUAAUAUGAUCAAAGUUGAAGUUGCCCAUUACAAGCAGGACCCACACGCUAAUAGCUGUCCCCAUUAGUAGCUGGGAUGAUUGGAAUAAUUAAUUUGAUCAUAAUAUUUACCUUUGCUUCUGUAUAUAUUUUCAAACUCUGAAUUUGUGGAAUGAAUUUAAAUGAAUGAAAUUGUUAUUUUUUUUAAAUGUUUUAAUUUUUUUUAAAUGAUUGUUGUUGUUGUUGUUGUUGUUGUUGUCAAAUCGCCAUUGGCAACCCAUCCCUUACGGGAUUUAUUGACACAUGGUAGAAAGGGCAAUACAGGAUAAAAAUGAGUUUCGUUCACUAUUUCUUCAAGGUCACAAGAGUUACAUAGGCUUUCCUCUUUCUUCCAGUUCACCACUGUUAGCAGUCGAUGUUAUUCUUCAAGAACUCAAACCCCAAAGCAAAUCAGGGGGAGAAAAACAGAUUCAUUUGAAAAGGACAAAUCAUAGAUGUUAUGCUGGGAGGUAGAUGUUCAUUCUCACCUGUCCUCAGCUUGUCACCAUAGAACAAAGAAACAGGAUGCCACUUAUAUCCCCCCCACGCUCACCUGGGGUUGACCAAUCAGAAGUCCUUGCAGUACAACUGGGCCAAUGGCAAAAUAACAAGUAUCCUGCUCCAGAUUCAAUGUACAGACCAAUGAAAACGUAGCACACAUAGCUCAGGACUGACAUGUAACAGAUUCUAACCAGCUGUUGAACUGAGAACUAUUUCCAUUAACAAUCCCCUGUUGACCAUUAGUCCGUUCGUUUUUAGUACUCUUGUGUUCUCAUCCUCUGCGUUGUGUAUUUAUCUUCAAAAUAUUCUUAUACCACAAUACCGACCUGUUUCAAUACGCAAAGGCAAUAUCCCUGAUCUUACCUGUGCACAUAGCGAUCUUUUGCUUUUAGGUCGGUUAUACAUAAUAUAUCUCUCGCACACGAAUUCACCCUUAAUCAAAUAAAAGGUUCUCAAUUUAUGUUUAUGAUUAAUCUCCUCCACCCAUUUUUUUAAACGUUAAAUAUUGCAUUAACAGUUGUUUUUUUAAUCAUAUCUAUGUCUCCCUUCAUUUGGUUUUCCUACAGAUGUUCACAGUCAGACUGUUGGAAAAGGUCAGACAUUUCAGUUGCCCAGACUCCCUUAUGGAUAGAUCCAUACAUACCUUCCAUCUCACAGGGUUCCCAGCCCAUCUCCCCAGGUAUUGCUAGUAUAGGUGGACACCUAAAAACUACUGCUCUGUUAUGGACAUGUUCAUUUUAAAAUACCUCUUAGCACCCCACACUCCUGCUGAAUAGUCCAGAACAGGACAGACGCAUGUCUGAUACAGUUUGGAAUUCGUAGCAUAACCAAUAUCUUUAAGUGGUUUUUGCUUUUCCUAUAAGUCCCCCAAGAGCUCUACUUCCUGAUUUGUCCAGGGCAGAUGUUCCCUAUAGAAAGGUCAUAUGUUCAUCAAUAAAAAAUACACAAAUAUUUAUAAUUGCUAGUAAACUCAAGAAUAUCUGCACUAAAACAAAACUGAAAAGCACUUCUCUUUGUAACUGUUUUUCUAAAAUGCAUUAUCUGUGUUUGAUCAUGAGUCUCCAUCUUUUACACCAAGUCAUUAUCUGUGUUUUAGUCUG